UAAAGUCAGAUGGCACUAUAGGUGUCUUCUCAACAUAUGAUCAAACAUAUUGAACAGGUUAGUUUCACAAUUGUGUUUGCGUUGUUUGUGUAUACGGACGUUUUUUGUGAUAGAAAAGUUUCUUUUACCAUAAUGGACGACAUAAAAUUUGAGCAUGGAUUCACGUUGCAAGAAGCCUUAGAAAUAGCAUACUCUGAAGAUAUUGAUGCUAUUUAUAUUGAACCACCUGAACCAAACGUGUUAACGGAUGAAGAUUCCGGUGAUGAGGAUUGUGGAGGUACCAUUGAUAAUCUAUCGGGUAGACAGCUGCGAGCACGAGCUGAAGUGAAGUUUGCAAAUAAAAAUAAUGUAGAAGAGGACAUUAUUCACGUUGAAAAAUGUACNAACAAAAUCAGAAAUCAUUUGUUUUGGCUGUCUGCAUGUAAAUUGUCUCAAUGA